CAAGAACUACCUACCACCCCGUGAACUCUCAACGUCCCGUAGACAUAGUAUCGCUGCAACAAAAGCAUCAAGCAAACAACCAUGACACUAUCCAAGCUCAUCCUCUUAAUUUCCACCCUCCUCACCAGCACCCUCGCUGCCCCCCAAAAAUCACGCGGCUGUGGCAUCUCACACAAAGACCUAAGCCUCCCAGCCCAACACCUCGAUUCCAGCGGCCAAAAUCGCAGCUACUACAUCCAUCUCCCAUCCACCUACAACAGCGAUACCGCGUACCCGCUCGUCCUCGGCUUCCAUGGCAGCCCGAGCAGUGCAAUGACCGUCCCGCUAGACACGAAGCUCAACAACGAGACCUAUUCCGGCAGUAAGAUCAUGGUGUAUCCGGAAGGGGCUGGGGAAAGUUGGGCGGGGCCGACGUAUCACAAUGCAACGAGUGUGGGGGAGGACGUGCAGUUUGUAGCGGAUGUGAUCGCGAAUGUGGAGAACAGAUUCUGUGUUGACGAAGCAAGGGUAUUUGCAUUUGGCAUGUCUAAUGGCGGCGGCUUCGUUGGAACACUGGCAUGCGAUGAAAAGGGGAGUUCGCUUUUUACGGGUCUGGCAGCGCACUCGGGCGCUUUCUACACGGAUGUCAAUGGGCCCGAUAAUGGGUGUGCGCCGUCGAAGGAGGUACCCUUGCUGGAAAUCCAUGGUGGAGCUGACAAGGACGUCCCUUACGCGGGCGGCAAGGGUGAAGGCGGCGAACUACCUUCAAUCUUCAACUGGCUGAACUCAUGGGCGCUGCGCUACAAGUGUGAGAGCAGCAGUGUGAAUAUUACGUUUGGGAGCGAGGUGCGACAUUGGUCCUGGGGUUGCGAUGGGAAAUCCGGUCUACUCCAGCAUUACGAAGUCAUGCAUUUGGGCCAUGCUUGGGCUGAUACCGAACCCAAUUUCUCGCAGUCGUAUGCGCAGCAAGGACCUACGGUCAUCCAAGCGAGUAGAAUCAUCAUGGAUUUCUUCGACUCGGUGUGAAUACGAUGGAAUGACUUGAGGGAGAGAAUCUACUCAAAAGAAGAAGACCGACGCGCCGUAAUGUAAUGCAAGGGAACGACAAGGGCGUGGCAGAUCUAAUGGCUCCAACGAUGUGUACAUACAAAACAGUGGUGGCAAUCGUAAUGUGGAGGAAUGACUUAAUGUGCAAAAAAUGUCCAGCUUGGAUGUAUCUAUAAUACCACGACUAUUCGUGAUCCUUC